UAUUAUUAUCUCAAAACAAGUUUUAUUUGUUUAAAUGGCUUCAACAAAUGCUAAUGUGCCGAGAUACAUACCAAAUCUAAGCCCAAGUAAAUCACCAUUACCACUUCUUGACAACCAAACAAGUUCAACAAUGGAGAUGGAAUCACCAUUGCCAACUCCAAAUGAGCUUGGAAAUGGAAGGCAGAGGGGAUCAUUUAGAGGCACUAGUUCUAGUAUAGGAGGUGGGGUUUUAUUGACAUGGGAUGAUUUAUGGGUGACUGUACCUUCUUCAGGAAAUGGUACUGGUAAGAAUAAUGGCAGAGCUUUGCUUCAAGGACUUAAUGGGUAUGCUCAACCAAGUGAGGUCUUGGCUAUUAUGGGUCCUUCUGGUUCUGGCAAAUCAACUCUUCUUGAUGCACUAGGAGGAAGAGGAGCUUCAAACACAAGACAAUCCGGGUCGGUCAAAGUAAAUGGUCGGAAACAAACACUAGCAUUUGGAAAUUCGGCUUAUGUUACUCAAGACAAUGUGUUAACGACAACAUUAAAGGUGAAAGAAUGCGUUUACUACUCUGCUUUGCUACAAUUACCCAACUCCAUGAAAAGAUCGGAAAAGAAAGAGAGAGCAGAGGCAACAAUAAGAGAUAUGGGAUUACAAGAUGCAAUGAACACAAGAAUUGGAGGAUGGAGUAGUCAAGGACUUAGCGGGGGACAAAAACGUAGAGUGAGUCUUUGCAUAGAGAUUUUAACACGUCCGAAGCUACUCUUUCUAGACGAACCCACGAGUGGUCUUGAUAGCGCAGCAUCGUAUCAUGUUGUGGAUAGAAUUAUGAAACUUUCGCAACAAUAUGGAAUGACAGUAAUUGCAUCCGUUCAUCAACCAAGUAGUGAAGUGUUUGAUCUCUUUCAUAAUCUUUGCCUACUUUCCUCUGGUAGAACUGUUUACUUUGGUCCGGCUUCUGCAGCAAAUGAGGACAUUGAACAAGGUCAUGAGGGAAAACCGAGUACAACCGAGGAAGCAAUUAACAUUCUUGUCAAGUCAUACAAGUCAUCUCAGUCCUUCCAGCAAGUCAAAUUGCGUAUUUCUGAAAUAUGUAAAACGGAAGGGAGAUUACUAGAGAAAGGAAACCAAGCUAGUUUCUUAACACAAUCAUUUGUUCUCACAAGAAGAUCAUUUGUGAACAUGUACCGUGAUCUCGGUUACUACUGGUUGCGACUCGGAAUCUAUAUAUCACUAGCUCUUUGUAUUGGCACAAUAUAUUACCAAGUUGGUGGUAGUUUUGGUUCAAUCCAGUCCAGAGGAGCAAUGCUUAUGUUUAUUGGUUCCUUCUUGACUUUCAUGGCAAUUGGUGGAUUCCCUUCUUUUGUUGAGGACAUGAAGAUCUUCGGACGAGAAAGAUUAAACGGCCAUUACACAGUUGCAGCUUUCGUAGUUGGAAACACGCUCUCUUCUAUUCCUUACUUGCUUUUAAUCUCAUUAGUCCCAGGAGUCAUUGCUUAUUACCUGGUUGGUCUCCAAAAAGGAUUUGAACAUUUUCUAUUUUUCAUCCUAUUGCUUUUCGUGUGUAUGAUGUUAGUCGAGAGCUUAAUGAUGAUAGUUGCAAGUAUAGUACCCGAUUUUCUUAUGGGGAUUAAAACAGGAGCUGGAAUCCAAUGUAUUUUUAUGUUAAAUGGUGGUUUCCUUAGACUACCAAAUGAUCUACCAAAGCCAUUUUGGAGAUACCCAAUGUACUACAUUGCAUUCCAUAGGUAUGCAAAUGAAGGCUUUUAUCGGAAUGAAUUUGAAGGAUUGAGUUUCCGUAAUAAUCAAGUAGUCGGAGGAUCCUCGUCGUCAACUAUUAGAGGCGAAGAAAUUUUGAAAACCAUAUGGCAGUUACCAAUGGGAUACUCCAAAUGGGUAGAUAUGGGUGUUUUGUUUGGAAUGGUGGUCGUAUAUAGACUAAUGUUCUUUGGUAUUAUUAAGAUGUCUGAAAAUCUUAAACCCAUUUUAAGAAGUGUCUUUAGUGCAAACCAUGGAAAACCUUAAGCUGUAAACCUCAUGAUCACUAGACAUGAUAGUUCAUCGGUACGUUUGCUUUUGUCUACUCCAUUUUUAUUGCUGAUCUAUAAUGUACAUAUUGAACAAGAAUUAUGAUAAAUGAGGU